CAGGAUUGCCUGGCAUUACGCAAUCCGAGCGCUUAUAAAGCGUCUUCCAGCCUCCCUCUUCGCUUUACCAGUACCUACCUACUACAAAAACCGACUUGAAGCUCCUCGUCUGAGAACUCCACCGACUCACAACUUCCCGCAUAUUCCCAACCAAAAGACAUUUACCAGUUUUCAAAAUGCGUUGCGUCGCACUGCUCGCUGCUUUUGCCGCCUUGGCUUCGGCCCAGGAUACUACCACACCUGUGACGACCGCCAAUUCGGCCUCGUCCACGUCCAGCAGCACUGACCUCUCGUCGGCCAUCUCGUCGGUCAUCUCGUCCAUUGAGUCCCAGGGUUCGUCGCUUGUCAGCUCCGUCACCUCGGAUGCCGGCAGCGUCCUCUCGAGCUUGUCGUCGGUCGCCGCGACUGCGACCGGCUCAGCCGCCGCCUCCCUCUCGUCGGAGAUCGCCAGCAUUAGUAGCUCGAUCGAGUCAGUUAUCAGCUCCAGCAUCAACCCGUCUAUCAGCUCGGCUAUCGAGUCGGCGAGCACCGCCACAAGCAUUGGCGGCGCGCCGAUGCAGACUGCUGCUGUUGCCGUCGGGGCAUUGUUCGGCGGUGCCGCAGUGCUGGCGAACCUCUAAUUCCUUUGGAAGGGUUUA